UUUAUAAAAACCAGUAUCCGACGCGUUGCAAUCUCAGAAGAAAAACUAUACAAAGCAAAAUUCUGAGAUCGUAAAGAGAGGACACAAGAGCUAGAAAUCUCGCCAUUUCGGGUUGGUGGACUGUCGUACCGAUAACUGAGUUAUUUGGAUUUGUGAAACGCUUCGGGGGUUCUUUUUCUGCUUUUCAUUUUAUUAGUUAAAAACUGUUUUUGGCUUUUGAUAUCCUGCGGUUCUGUGAGCAAGGAAUCACAAAUUUUUGAGAAGAACUGCACUCUUGCCUUAAAGGAGAUUUCUAAAAAUGAUGCCGGGUUACAGGUUCAUGGAUUCGUACCCUCACCAAAUGAACCAAGUGCCGUUACCUCAUUAUUACUUUCCAGGUUUCGGAAAUAUUCCACCUCAGAUGAGAGUGGAUGCCUUCAGAUGUCCCAUGAAGGAUGAUAUUUGGCCUACUGGAGGCAACCAUGAACACAUUCCAUGUCAUGGUUGUUGCAACCAUGGAUGCUCCCGAGACUGUUAUGGUUUCAGGCCACCUUUCCCGGCAGUGCCAUCUUUCAAUGGCUAUGGAAAUUAUUUCAUGUAUCCCCCUCCUUGUAAUAUCCCCACUUAUUAUGUUCCUCCACUCCACUUGUCAACAGAGCAGCCUCGGUAUGAAUAUGAGAAGUAUGUCCCGAAUAACUAUCAUUGCUGUGGAUGUCCUACUCACAUGUGUAACCAGAAAAGUGACGGAGGCGUGAAGAUUGAAGAGCAGGAGCCCGAAGUAGAGAAGAGAAAAAAUGAUUUUCCACUUCCAGUACAGACAAAAGGUAUCCCGUAUCCAGUUGCGUGGGUUCCUCCUGAAUACAUGCAGAAUCAACGAUUACAGAAGCUUCUUGAGUCAGAGGUGACAAGUCCAAACGAUGCCAAGCUGAAGGACAUUCCAAAGCCUCCUGAACGCGAGCCUAAGACUUGGAGUGGCUGGAUUCCAUAUGAUAUAAACAACCUAAGGCCUUUGACUCAAGAUUGGAAGAAAAACCAAAGUACGCAAGGUGAAGAAAAAGUUAGACAAUUUCCAUUUCCCAUUAUCUGGAUGCCUUCUUAUGGCAAGCAACAGGAGGAUGAAAAGAAAGGUGGUGGAGAAACUAACUCUGCUCCAAAAUGUGCUGACGAGCAAUCUUCCAAUUUUAAGUGCCUUCCAGGUAAACUCAUUAAAGCUGAUCAUGAGAUGGACAAAUCCCGAAAAAAUGAAGAAAUUUCUGGCAAUACUGCUGACUCAGGGACACAGGAAAGAACCGUCAAGCAGAAAAGCAUCCCUGUGAGACAAUUAGACAAGCAUGAUGAGAAGGACAGCAAUGAAGAUAGUAAUCAAAAGAUGAAAGAUGUUAGUGGGAAGCUUGGAGAAGACAAUAAAAAGGAUAAACUUAAUAAACCGUCUGAAAAGAGUACGAGAAAGGGGUCAUCAUCUCCACUGAAAACUUCUCAUUUGCCUCCUGUUUGUCUUAGAGUCGAUCCCUUGCCAAGGAAAAAGAAUGGAAAUGGCAGUUCAAGAUCUCCUAGUCCUCCUUGUCAUAAAGGCCGAACAUUAGAGACGGUGAAAGACUGUUGUAAGACCCCAGCUUCUCCAAGCUCCAAUGACAAUAUUGAACGUGAUGAAAAAACUCAGGGUGAUACCCAUCAACAGAGCAAUGCAUUGGAGCCAAAUGUGACGGAAAGAGAAAAUACCCUGUCGAUGGGUAAGACGGCAGAGUACGACAAGGAAAAGGAGCUGAAGAUUGAAUCUGUGACCCAAAGUCCUAACAUAUUUCGUUUUAAUUUUCAAGGAGACGGGAAGAAGGACCUAACCUUCGAUGGAGUUCAAAAAGACAAAGCUGAAUAUGGAAGUCAAGUAAACAAGAAAACAUUACAUCAGAGUGGUUCGGUAGUUGAUGAGACUGCUGGCACAAAGGAAGCAACAAAAGCUGAGUAUGUUGAUGGUAAGUGUUCUAAGGCAGUGAGAAGGAAAUUAUCAGAUGUAGACGCAGCCAUCCUCAUCCAGUCCGCCUACCGCGGGUAUGAGGUGAGAAAAUGGGAGCCGCUGAAGAAAUUGAAGCAAAUAGCUAAAGUCCGUGAGCAGAUGUUUGAAGUUAAAUCUCGGGUCCAAGCUCUGGAGAUCUCUUGUGAUCUCAAGAAAGAUGAUAGGCAGAGAGUGGUAAUUGGAGAAAUGAUUAUGAACCUUUUGCUAAAAUUGGAUGCUAUUCAGGGUUUGCACCCAAGUCUCAGGGACUGGAGGAAGUCCUUGGCUAGGGAGCUCGUAGCUUUACAGGAGAAGCUUGAUACACUUAGGAAGCCAAAAGAGGAAUUAGGGGAGUUGUCGACUGCUAAAUCCAUUAACGACCUUACUGUGGAUGCUCUGAGAGUGGAAGGAGUUGAGAAUAAAGAGGCAAAAGCUGGGGAAAGUUCUGAUAAAAAUUGUUACAAUAAUAUUGACAAGUUGACAGGUCCAGGUCAGGAUGAACUUCGAGAUGGAAUAUCUAAGCCUUGUGGCAGUGAAUUUUCAGAGCCAGUUUAUACCAACAUGGAAGUUCCUGGAAUAUAUAAAGAUGAAAUCCAUGAAGCACCAGUUACGGAUAGAGUGGCAAAACCAGUUUUCCUAUGUGCUGAACAUCAAGUGGCACAAGUAAUGCCAACUACAGCAUCGGAAAUUAAGGCUAACUAUACUGAACCUGAUGUUGCUCAAGUGGAAACAGCAGGGACGUGUGAAACAGAUGAAACUUCUGUGAAGCUUGAGCAAUCCUUGCAAGACCCAUCUGCUAAAGAAGAGAAAACAAACUCAAAGGAAGAUCAAUUUGCAGAGACAUUGCUCGAGGAAUCACAUCAUGAUCUGGACGAGGAAAAUUCAAAUUUUGUGAUAAGGGAGGGUGAUGACUUCAAACAAUACGAGGUUAUGGAACUUCCACAGAAUGUGAUAAGUGAAGGCCAUGCUGCUGCUGAAUUGGAAGAAAAUAUUAAAGGCAGAGAGCAAGGAAAUAAGAUUGAACAUGGUAAAAAGGAUGAGCUUGAUAAUUUAAUAGAUGUAGAGAAGGAUCCAGAACUUUUGGAACUGCCUCUAGGUGUAAUUGAUGAGGAUGAGGUUGAUGAGAAGCGAGAACUAUUCGGAUGUGGGGGUGAUAUUCUUACAGGAAAGCAAAGUACUCAGGUGGAUGAAACUCCUACCCAGUUCUCUUUCUAUGAGAAAGAAGCUGAAUUGGACAAUUGGGUUAAAGUUGGGGAGGAGGAUCUGUACACGGCCUGUAAAGUAGAGAUGGAUCAGUCACGGAGAAAUGAAGUACACGAUGAAAAUGAUCCUUUGAUAAUCCGUUGCGAAGCAAAAAGUGAUGCAGGAAAACAAGCUAGUGAUCAAGAGCAUAGAGGAGAAAAUGGUGAUGGAUUGACAGGCAAUAACAAGUCUAUUUGUGAAUCAGCAGCCAAAGGUGCCAAUGUUGAAGAUUCAUCUGAGGAGAUAGAAGAAGAAAUGGAACAGCAAAUGGCAAAUGUGCAAUUCGAAGAACCUGAAAGUGUGCCUGGGGGAGGAAAGAAGAUAGUUGAUCUGCUUGUUGGCUCUGAAACCGCCAAUAAAGAAGUCCCUAUUCUGAAAACGGUUGGUGUAGAUUCUGAAAACGGUUGUUGUAGAUAUGCUUCUCGUGGAAUGCGGUUUGUACUUGUAUUGUCUCUAAAGGCUGUGAACUGUUUCAUGCAUGCUUGCACGGAGAUCUUAAGUUAA